GCCUGAAAGAAUGCGUUCCAGAAGCAAUGAUACCAAGGGCUCAGCCCGCAAGCAAUUUCCAAGACACAGAAAAGACCACAGUUUUCAAAGAUCUGAGGAUAUGAAGCACAGACAGCAAGAUAAAGACUCCACUAGUGAAUGGGAUGUCCUCCUUCCGCAGCCCCAGUCAGAGAAGCCACACAGUGGUAAUGGCCACCAAGCAGAAGACCUUUCAAGGGAUGACCUAUUAUUUCUCCUCAGCAUUCUGGAAGGAGAACUGCAGGCUCGAGAUGAAGUCAUAGGUAUUUUAAAGGCUGAAAAAAUGGACUUGGCUUUGUUGGAAGCUCAGUAUGGGUUUGUCACUCCAAAAAAGGUGUUAGAAGCUCUCCAGCGAGAUGCAUUUCAAGCAAAAUCAGUACCUUGGCAGGAGGACAUCUAUGAAAAACCAAUGAAUGAGUUGGACAAAGUUGUGGAAAAACAUAAAGAAUCUCACAAAAGAAUCUUGGGACAGCUUUUAAUGGCAGAAAAAUCCCAUAGGCAAACUAUCCUGGAGUUGGAGGAAGAAAAGAGAAAACACAAAGAAUACAUGGAGAAGAGUGAUGAAUUUAUAAGCUUACUAGAACAGGAAUGUGAAAGGUUAAAGAAGCUGAUUGAUCAAGAAACUGAGUCCCAGGAGAAGAAAGAGCAAGAAAAGGAGAAGCGGAUCACUGCCCUGAAAGAAGAGCUGACCAAGCUGAAAUCUUUUGCUUUAAUGGUGGUGGAUGAACAACAAAGGCUAACAGCGCAGCUCACCCUUCAAAGACAGAAAAUCCAAGAGUUGACCACAAGUGCAAAGGAAACACAUGCUAAACUAGUCCUUGCUGAAGCCAGAGUUCAGGAAGAAGAGAAGAAGGCAACCAGACUAGAAGAAGAAUUGCAAACACAGACCACAAAGUUCCACCAGAACCAAGAGACAAUUAUGGCAAAGCUCACCAAUGAGGACAGUCAAAAUCGCCAGCUCCGACAAAAGCUGGCAGCACUCAGCCGGCAAAUUGAUGAGUUAGAAGAGACAAACAGGUCUUUACGAAAAGCAGAAGAGGAACUACAAGACAUAAAAGAAAAAAUCAACAAGGGAGAAUGCGGAAAUGCUGGGAUCAUGGCUGAGGUGGAAGAGCUCAGGAAACGCGUGCUAGAUAUGGAAGGGAAAGAUGAAGAGCUCAUAAAAAUGGAGGAGCAAUGCCGAGAUCUCAACAAGAGGCUCGAGAAGGAAACAGCACAGAGUAAAGAUUUUAAGCUAGAGGUCGAAAAACUCAAUAAAAGGAUUAUGGCUCUGGAAAAAUUAGAAGAUGCUUUCAACAAAAGCAAACAAGAAUGCUACUCUCUGAAAUGCAAUUUAGAAAAAGAAAGAAUGACCACAAAGCAGUUGUCUCAAGAACUUGAGAGUCUGAAAAUGAGGAUCAAAGAGCUAGAAGCCACUGAAAGUCGACUGGAAAAGACAGAAUUUACCCUAAAAGAGGAUUUAACUAAACUGAAAACAUUAACAGUGAUGCUCGUAGAUGAACGGAAAACAAUGAGUGAAAAAUUAAAGCAAACUGAAGAUAAGUUACAAGCUGCUUCCUCUCAGCUUCAAGUGGAGCAAAAUAAAGUAACAACAGUAACUGAGAAAUUAAUUGAGGAAACUAAAAGGGCCCUCAAGUCCAAAACUGAUGUGGAAGAAAAGAUGUACAGUGUAACCAAGGAGAGAGAUGACCUAAAAAACAAACUGAAAGCAGAAGAAGAGAAAGGAAAUGAUCUCCUGUCAAAAGUUAAUAUGCUGAAAAAUAGGCUUCAAUCACUAGAAGCAACUGAGAAAGAUUUCCUAAAAAACAAAUUAAAUCAAGACUCUGGUAAAUCCACAGCAGCAUUACACCAGGAAAACAAUAAGAUUAAAGAGCUCUCUCAAGAAGUAGAAAGACUGAAACUGAAGCUAAAGGAUAUGAAAGCCAUUGAGGAUGACCUCAUGAAAACAGAAGAUGAAUAUGAGACUCUAGAACGAAGGUACACUAAUGAACGAGACAGAGCUCAAUUUUUAUCUGAGGAGCUGGAACAUGUUAAAAUGGAACUUGCCAAGUACAAGUUAGCAGAAAAGACAGAGUCCAGUCAUGAACAAUGGCUUUUCAAAAGGCUUCAAGAAGAAGAAGCAAAGUCAGGGCACCUCUCCAGAGAAGUGGAUGCAUUAAAAGAGAAAAUUCAUGAAUACAUGGCAACUGAGGACCUAAUAUGUCACCUCCAGGGAGAUCAUUCAGUUCUGCAGAAGAAACUGAAUCAGCAAGAAAACAGAAACAGGGAUUUGGGAAGAGAGAUUGAAAAUCUCACUAAAGAGUUAGAGAGGUACCGGCACUUCAGUAAGAGCCUUCGACCUAGUCUCAAUGGAAGAAGAAUCUCUGACCCUCAAGUAUUUUCUAAAGAAGUUCAAACAGAAGCAGGAGAUAACGAACCGCCUGAUUACAAGAGCCUCAUUCCUUUGGAACGAGCAGUCAUCAAUGGUCAGUUAUAUGAGGAAAGUGAGGACAGGGAUGAGGACCCUAAUGAGGAAGAAUCUGUGCUGUCCUUCAAAUGCAACCCAUCUGCUCCCUGUCCUGUUAACAGGAAGCUAUGGAUUCCUUGGAUGAAAUCCAAGGAGGGCCAUCCUCAGAAUGGAAAAAUACAAACUAAACCCAAUGGCAACUUUGUGCAACCUGGAGAUCUAGUUCUCAGCCACACACCUGGGCAGCCGCUUCAUAUAAAGGUAACUCCAGACCAUGUCCAAAACACAGCCACUCUUGAAAUCACAAGUCCAAACACAGAGAGUCCUCACUCUUAUACAAGCACUGCGGUAAUACCAAACUGUGGCACCCCAAAACAAAGGAUAACCAUCCUCCAGAAUGCAUCCAUAACACCAGUGAAGUCUAAGACCUCUACUGAAUGCCUCAUGAAUUUAGAGCAAGGCAUGUCCCCUGUUGCCAUGGCAACCUUUGCCAGAGCGCAGACCCCUGAGUCAUGUGGUUCUAUAACUCCAGAAAGGACAAUGUCACCUAUUCAGGUUUUGGCUGUGACUGGUUCAGCUAGCUCUCCUGAGCAGGGACGCUCCCCAGACCCAAUAGAAAUCAGUGCCAAGCACGCAAUUUUCAGAGUCUCCCCAGACCGGCAGUCAUCAUGGCAAUUUCAACGUUCAAAUAGUAAUAGCUCAAGUGUGAUAACUACUGAGGAUAAUAAAAUCCACAUUCACUUAGGAAGUCCUUACGUGCAAGCGGUGGCCAGCCCUGUGAGACCUGCCAGUCCUUCAACACCACCGCAGGAUAACCGAACUCAAAACUUAACUAAUGGGGCACUAAACAAAACAACCAAUAAAGUCACCAGCAGUAUUACUAUCACACCAACAACCACACCUCUUCCUCGACAAUCACAAAUUACAAGUCAGAGAAACCGAGAAAAAGAGAGAGGGGAGAGAGAGCACUCCCAUCUGCUGAUUCACUUCUCAAAUCUCCACAAAGGCCUAAGCCAGAAGCAAUGAACACCCAGGUCUCCGUGUGGCAAGCAGGAGCCCAAUUACUUGAAUCAUCACCCCUGGUUCCCAGGGCCUACACUGGCAACAAGCUGUAGUCAGGAACUAGAGGCAAGUCUAGAACCCAGGUACUCAGAUGUGGAAAGCAGGCUGCUUAACAGGCAACUUAACCAGUACACUAAAGUGUGCCCUUUAGUUGCAGAAACAUUUUCUUACAUCCUUUGUGUGUGUGUAUGUGUGAAUGAGUGAGAGAAACAGACUGAUCGAUCAUUUCAGUAUUACACAAACACUAUUCAGGAGGUCUCCACAACUAUAUCUUACAAUGUCAAUUAGGCAUGGAGUCCUCAUAACAUCCAAAGGACAAAAUUAGAGGUACUUUGAGAUUGUCAUAGGAAAUACAUUUCAUUAAAAAAAAGUUAGAAACUUGUAGUCUAAGGCAUCUAUGAUCUUCAAUGAUUGAAGGGGCUGACACUGUGGCAUAUCAGGUUAGACUGCUGCCUGCAAAGCUGGCAUCCCACAUUGGCACCUGUUAUAGAGUCAGUCAUGGCUGCUCCACUUCCCAUCCAGCUCCCUGCUAAUGCACCUGGGAAAGCAGCAGAAGACAGCCCAGAUGCUUGGGCUCCUGCAUCCAUGUGAGAGACAGGGAAGCAGCUCUGGGCUUCUGGCUUUGGCCCGGCUGUUAUGGCUAUUUGGGGAAUGAACCAACAAAUAAAAGAUGGCCCUGGAGCCACUUUCCCUAUAUCUCAGCAUUUUAAUGUAUUUAACUGUGAAAUUGUGAUAAUACUCACUUUUUGGGGUUGUUGUAAAAUGAAACAAAGAACUACUUAAAGACUGUAUAAAGAUUAGUUUUUCCUCUAUGUUAUUUUAGUUCACUACCCAGAAGCCUUUUAAAGGAGGACACAGAGCAUUCCCUUGCACUUUGUUCAAAGCCCUUCAUAAUCAGAGCAUGCAUGAUCUCCCUCCCUCCCACUUCUGUAACUGUGCCUUUCAAAUAAAUAAAUCUUAAAAAAAAGAAAUAUAAUGUCAAAUGAAAGCAUAAUUUUAGUAGCUUCUUUGCUUUUGAAUGUUUACAAAGUGGGUCUCCUUUUUAAACAUGUUAGAUAAAAGGAGGCAAACACCUUUCUUUAACCAAUACUCUAUAGUUUACCUUAAUCCUUGGUUUCUGCUAUCCUUGAGUAUUUGCUCCAAAAUAAUCAUUUUGCUUUGCAAUCCCAAGAGAAAAGACAAUCAUGCAAAAAUGCAUGCCCAGUCUCUAAAUCAGUGUUUUUCAAAAUCUAAGACACCUGUAUGAAAAUCCUAGAGCUAUCAAAUCAGAAUCUCACGGGUUCCCCUAGAGAACUGUAACACACCUCUCUGCUGACUAAUCUGUACUAUAAAGUUGGAAUGCCACUAUUUUAUAAAUCCCUGUAUCGAUAAACACUGGCAAAUAUGUUUUUCCUGUAGUCCCACUCAGAAUAAAUUACACCUGUCCAGAAAUUGUGACAAUUCUGCCCUCUAGUGGCUGGCAUGACAAACAGAAGACAUUCUCAGGUUUUCUUCUUGUAAAGGAAAGCUCAAAACAACAACAACAACAACAACAACAAAAAACCUACCAAUUUAUUGGGAGAGUUCUAUUUUCAAUGACUAUAGCAAAGCAGAGACGCUUGAAUCUUUUGCUGAGCUGUCUGACAUCUACAAGCUGUGUUUCUCCUCUAUAUUCCAGGCCCUCAACUUAACUUUGUAGCAUGCUCCAGAACACAUUAAGGAGAGCAGUUGGUUGAACUAAAACAAAGCAUCUAUUCACCUCAAGGACAAAUGCAAGAAAGGAAAGUGGUUUACUAAAGUCCCCAACACUUAAACCUCCUUUAAAUUCAUUUUCAUGUAGAUUAAACUCUAAGCCUUUUCCUUUCCAACUGAUGCACUUUUUCUACCAUUUACUUCAAGAAGGGUAAAGCUUUUGUAGUCAAAUACAUCACAAAAGGUAUCCCCCAAAGGCAAUAUGGUAGGGAUGGAAUCCUUGGAGUCUAAGCAAGCUAACUGGCCAACACCUCCAACUAGUUUAUAAUUUGAUAAUGAAUUAACAUUGCUCAAAUGGCAGCACUUCAUAAAUCUCAUCUGUUUAUGAAACCUAACCCCUGUGCUCCACUUCAGAGUAAUCUUCAAACUCCUAGGGUAGUUACUAGCUAUGCAAUUCUGUACUGUGCUAAUAACUAUCUCAACACCUAAACAACUGCCUAGAACAGCAAUCAAUAAUAGCAUUCCAUUAGGACAUCAGGUAUUACAAUUGGACUGCUACUCACUACCUGUCACACAGCAUCCUCUCAGUCAUGACAAAAAUGUUUUGUUCCCAGAGGUGAGGGUCAAAAUAAACCCCCAAGAAUCACUAUAUUAGAGAAAUGGACCAACUGACUUUAUAAGCCAAUUCCACUUUUAUAUAAUUUGCUUUGGGAAAAAAAUCAACACCUUAUUUGAAAACAUAGUCUGGUAUGUAGAGAUGAGAAUCUUCAACACGACUAAAUAUAAGCCUCAAAGCAAAUUUUAAAAUCUGCACUGAAGUUUCAUCACAUCUGGUAUGUUUCUUUCUACUCACUGUCACAUUGGCCCACAGGAUGUUCAUACUUGAACAUUUAUAUUUAUAUUAAUACCUUGUACUUUUGUCUCUUUCAAAGAUACCAUAUUAUAAAUUGGAGCUUUCAGAUUAACUAGUGCUUUUCAUUUCUCCAGUGCUUUCAGAAGAAAUAGAAUCUAAAUUAACCUUAGUGGGGAAAAUGGAUUUCAGCAGGAUCCUCAAGAACUUUAGACAUAACUUCCUCUACCUUUUAGACCUUUCUAAAAAGAGUGCUCUCUGAGGAUUUUCAAUUUUGUCUGUAUUAGUUUACAAUCACCACAGGCAUGAUGUCUUCUAUUAGGAUACAAACUUUAUUCAUUCCUCAACAAAUCACCUACAAGAAUGAACUGACAAACACUUAUGAAAUAUCCACUAUUAUUUUUUGCUGUUGUAGGCAGUUGUGUAGGUGUUGACAUUUGGAAUCUAAGGCCAGAGCUAAAAUGUAGAUACCAGUAUAGAGAGAAUUGUAUAGCCAGUAACUACUUAAAGAGUUUGAAGAUUACUCUGUGGUGGAGCUCAGGGCUUACGUUUCAAACAGAUGAGAUCUGGGCAGGGGCUGAGGAUUAGGAAAACUGGAAUGGAGGACAAGAGUGUUCCAAACAGGAGCUCACAAGGCGCAGGUGUAAUGGCAGGUAGGACAGCGGACAAUCAACAUUCAAGGAACAAUGUGCAGUGCAGUGUGGCUGAAGCUGAGUGGGUUGGGUCAAGAGCUAGAAGGGCAUGCUUUGCUCUGAUUAUGAAGGGCUUUGAACAAAGUGCAAGGGAAUGCUCUGUGUCCUCCUUUAAAAGGCUUCUGGGUAGUGAACUAAAGUAACAUAAGGGAAAAAACUAAUCUUUAUACAGUCUUUAAGUAGUUCUUUGUUUCAUUUUACAACAAUCCCAAAAAGUGAGUAUUAUCACAAUUUCACAGUUAAAUACAUUAAAAUGCUGAGAUAUAGGGAAAGUGGCUUCAGGGCCAUUAGUAUGUGACAAAAAUGAAUAGUGAAUGCAAGUCUAGCUUCAUUGUCUCAUUUUCCUUUCACGGCAACUAAGAAGCUACCUCCAUGCAAGGAGAAACAUUAAAAAUUGCAUUUGAUUCUUUCCACUACCGAUGGUGAUAAGCAGUUGCCUAAUGUCUACUUAUGCUUCAUCUCACAAAUCAGCCUCUUUAGUUGGAACACUCAAAUGCCCCUGAACAUAUCCAGGUCUUUUCUUUCGUCUUCCCUACUGCUCUACAUGGGUAGAAUUCCUGUUUCAUCAAAUGAAAUAAGACCCAGAGUCAAAGAUCUGGCUUAUGGCUUACCUAUUCUGAAAUCAUCCAGGAUCACCACAGCCAAUGGUGAUCUGCCUCUCUUCCAACUGCUCCUGCCACCCUGAAGCCAUAGUUAGAAUAACAAGAGAAAAGGGAUGUUGGGGGCCAAUUCCUACAAAAAUGGGCAGGAUUGGAGAAUACUGACAAGGUGAUGGUGCUGAGGAAAGGAGAUGUUAGAUGCAAGACCACAAAGCUCAUGUUCUUAUAAUCAACAGACUGUACUCAGAAAAUACAGUGGCUGUGGUCAGUGCCCAACUCCAUCUUCAGGCAGGAUUCUAUAAGCAAGGGGCACAAGUACCUGACCAGCCUCAGGGGAGACUGAAGAGAAAAAUAUCAGAAGUGAAUGAAAAUGAUCUAGGAAAGUAGCAUCACAAUCAUUCACAUCAAAGCUUAGUAAGUAAGGAGGUGGCUACCUUGUUAGUCCUGAUAAUGAUCCUUCCAGAAAAGACAACCAAGAGAUCCAGGUCUAGUCACCUUUCAGAAAGUACCACACAUUUAGACCCAUAUUUGGUGUUACUUCUGCCAUUGCAGAAACCUAAAAAAAAUUGCUAGAUGGAGGAUCCUAAUUUAAGAUUUCUAUUUCUCAAGUAUCACUAUUACUAGUAAGGAAAGACUGAUGUUCCCAAGAUCAUUUUUCUUUUAAAUAAUUGUUGUGUUUUUUCCCAGCUCACAGGAGAAGUGUUAGGCCUCACCUUUGUCAAUCUUUCUCUAAAUUCUACUUCCAAUUCAGGACUACAAUAACUGCAAACCCAGGAACAUCCCACAUAAAAACUGUCAUUACAAAAAAAUGUCUCCAAUUUGGUCCCAUGUCUCUCCUCUUAAUAAUUAAAGAAACACAAAACCCAUUUCUAGCAGGUGUUUGGCCUGACAGUUAAGAUUCCUGUGUCUCAUACUGGAAUACUUGGGUUUGAGUCUCAGCUCUGGCUCCCAACUCUACCUUCCUGUUAAUGCACACACUCUAGGAGGCAGCAGUGAUGGCUCAAGUGUUUGAAAGAACUGAAUUGAGUAAGUACCUCCCAGCUCCAGCCCAAGAUCCAGCUGUUGCAGCCAUUUGCAGAGUGAACCAGUAGAUGGGAGCUCUUGGUCUCUCCAUCUCUCAAGUAAGAAAAAAAAAAAAAAUGAACUACCAUAAAACAUCACUACCUUCUUCAAUACAGUUAUUUUUAAAAAAUUAUUUAUUUAUUUGAGAGGCAGAGUUACAGACAGAGGGAGAGAGAGAGAGAGAGAGAGAGAGAGAGAGAGAGAUCUUCCAUCCGUUGGUUUACUCCCCAAAUGGCUGCAACGGCCAGAGCUGGGCUGACCCAAUGACAGGAGCCAGGAGCUUCCUCCAGGUCUCCUACAUGGGUGCAGCGGCCCAAGUAUUUGGGCGAUCUGCUGCUGCCUUCCCAGGCCGCUAUGGAUUCAAAGAGCAGCCUGGACACAAACUGGCACCACAGGCAGAGACUUAACUUACUAUGCCACAGCACGGGCCCCACAGUUACUUUUUAAACAACACAAAUUCUUCAAGAAUACAGUAAUAUCCUUCGGUAUUAACAAAUCAGCUAGGUUUAUUUCUUCUUUUUAAAAAAAUAAAUGAAAGUUAUUUCUUAUCUGUUCUGUUGUUCCUGCCUGAAUACACCUGUAUCAGUCACUUUUUAAACCACAGAAAAUUUUAGAAAGAGGAGCUAAUUAAAAACUGCAGAACUUCAAAGAGUCUUUAGCCUAAGAGGUAAACCAUUCCUUCAGGGCAAUAAGCAGGGAGUCAGUGGUAGGGAUCACACUGCAAUGUACAACAUCUCUUAUAGUAACAUUUGUAAGCAGCCCAUUUAUUCUACAUAAAACUUUUUUUUCUGGUUAUAAUAAUACAAAUUUAUUACAGCAACCUUGGAAAAUGUAAGUGCUUUUGAGGCUGCUGCUUUUGGCUCCUAAGAAGGGUAAUGAGAAGACUAUGAAGAACAAUGGACAAUUAUUAAUACUUUUUCAGAGACAAACCUAUCAACUACGGCCCUAUUCCAGGUUUUUCUCAGAUUGCCAAUGAGGAAGGAAAUUCACUUGGUGGGAAAGGGGGGCCAUCCUGCCCUUACUGCAAUUCCCCUGUGCCAGAAAGUGGCAAAUUCUUCCACAGAGUACAAGGUUUAUGUAAUCUGUCUGCUCAGUCCAGACACAAUGGCUAAGGGGUCAGCCAGGUCACUGAAGGAGAGGGGCAGGAUUUCCUUUCCCCUAGCAGUCCAAUUCCUGCUGCAAUAAUGGUAAAAUCACUGCACAUUGUUCAAGUACUGGGAAGAAAUGUACAGUUGUUCUAAGAUGUAAGACUGAGAAGAAGUGAAAAAAUUGAAUGGGUCCAAAUGAAAGAAAAAGAAGGGAGAGCGGGGGAGAAAGGGUAUCAGUACAGGAAAGAAAAGAAAAAAAAAAGCCGAGAUGAAAGAAAACCCUCACAGACGAAUGAAAGAAAGAAGAUAAACAAGUUAGACAACAAUCAGGUUCAUAUAUUUUAAGUUAACAAAGUAUUUCUACAUGUGAUGCUCUAUGUCUGGCACAAAUGAAAACCACGGAGUUAGGAAGGAUUCUAAAAACUAUAAUUCAGUGUUUAUUCUUGGCUUGCCCCCACUGUCCAUUAUGUAGUUACCACAGAAAGGCAGAUGGAGAGGUGACUAGGUGUGACCACAAACCACAAUACGUUAUAGAACUUUCACCUCAGAAACUGGACAACUCUGUGAUAUAAAACAUAGCAGUGAAACACUAUUUAAAACUAAAGGUAGCUAAUCAAAUUAUAGGAUCCCUUGCAGUGUAAAACUAAAGCUUUUAGUGAUAAGGUUUUAUUACAUAAUGAAGAAAUCCUGAGAAAAUCAGGGGAAAAAAGCCAAAGCAGCAUAAGAAACUUUGGGCUAUUUGCCAUAUUCAUUAUCUGUUAUUUCUAUUCCCCCUCCCCAACACAAAUUAGCUGUGAUUUGCCAAAAAAUAUAAAAGACAAAAGAAGAUAAAGCAGUAAUUUUUUGAAGCAAUUUUUCUCCAGUUUAGCAUUUCCUCCUUUUCACCACCAUAUCCAUCAUCAUUACUUAUGUACUUUCCCACUGAACACUGAGAUAAAAACAAAAAUACAAAAACACUGUCAUUCUGAUAACAUGGCCUUGACCAAGCAUUCCACAGCUGGGACCCUUUGGAAGUCCAGAAGCCCUGAAUCUAGUCUUUCCCCGACUUGUCCUCAAUUACCACAAAUCAAAAUAACCCAGGUCCUUGGGAGUCUUGAACCUUUCAAUCCUUAGAGGUCAAGGUGUGAUGAGGGGCCCUGCAGUCCCAGGGGUCAGGAUCAUUCCUGAAGGGACACAGUAUGUUGACAACACAGCUUCAGAAAGUUCAAAGUACUCACAAAAUUCAUUUUGAGAAAGGAAACAUCCUGACUCCAGCUGUCAAAUUAGGAUUUGAUAGCUUUUUCAUAAAUGCUGGUUUUGCUCUGGUAUAUUUCCAAACUUCAGCCUUCCAUGAUAAUGUGAAAGAACACAAGGGUCAUGUAGAAACUGGUUGAGAGAACUGCGACUUUGACUACAACUGAAAACACGUCACCUUGGGUGCAAUCUGUUGAAAUCUUUACUUAGUAUAUACUAAGCUGAUCUUCUAUAUAUAAAGAUAAUGAAAAAUGAAUCUUAAUGAAGAAUGGGAUGGGAGAGGGAGUAGGAGAUGGGAUGGUUUGCGGGUGGGAGGGUGGUUAUGGGGAGAAAAAACCACUAUAAUCCAAAAGUUGUACUUCCGAAAUUUAUAUUUAUUAAAUAAAAGUUUUCUAAAAAAAAAAAAAAAAAAAAAAGAAUGAAUGAAUGAAAAAAAGAAAACAUGUCAUCUAAACUUCUUUUGGCCACUAAGGCUCCCUGUCAUCCAGUGACUCACAGCAACCAGGGAAUCUUGCAGAUUGCUAGGUUUCUUUUUAGAACUUAGGGACAAAAUAAGCCAACACUUAGAAUUUAAUGAAUACAUUCCACAGAUAGAUUUCUUUUCCUCCUACUGCUCCCUUGAUAGAACCAUUGCCUCUGCCUCAGCAUCCCUCAUACUUGUAAUCCAUUCCAAAUCUCAACUUCCUUGUUAAGCUGAAUUGAGCAUUUUUUUAAAAAAGUCUUUUUCUUUUAUGAAUGAGCUUUCCAAUUUAUUUAAUCUCCUUCAAAACAUCUGCUUUCUGAUGAAACCCAGAGAUUCCUACUUGGAGUAGAGCAUUUGCUGUGUGGUCUUAAAAGAGCCAUAUGCAUGGAUUCCUCCUGCAAUAUAUACUCCAAAUUUGGAUAAAACAAACUUACUUGGAGCUCUUUGACAUGAUGCUCUAUAAAAAUGAUCCAAGACAUGACACAUUUUAAAGCUGCAUACCUCAUUUAUUGAAAAAUGUCCAAGUAUAAAAUUCAUACGAUAAAAAAAACAGCAUCUUUUUUAUUUUUUGGAAAUAACAUUUAGAGUUGUCCUAAUAAAGUAACCAGCCUUUGCUGCCAUCUAGAGGUUAAAGCUAUGUAGCUAAAUCAGAAUUACCAAGAAAAGCACAAAGCUUACAGCAUGAACAGUACAAAAACAGAAACUCACUAACUAUUGGGCAGUCAGCUCCUAUAAAUGUCCACCAUCCCAAGUCACAUUUUCUUUUCCAACACAUAUCACUGUUGCUUAAAAGAAAUAAGCUCACCUAUACUGUAUUCUUUGUGAAUUGGUUUGCUGAACAGAUUUAAUAAACUGUGGUGCUCACUAAAAAUUCAUAUGCCCAUAAUUCCACUCCUAGACAAUCUUAAAUCCAAGUUCAACAUCUGGGCCUUUGCCCAGAUUUUAAAAGCCCCACAGAUGAUUCUGAUGAGCAUUCUUCAAGGUCACCACUGGCCCCCAAUGCCCUGGGCUAUCACAGUGCUGGACUAUCUACUGGGCCAGAGUCCCACAUAAAAGAAAUCUUAAAGCUCAUGUCUAAAAAAGGUUCAGCUACGCAAUUACUUCCUCAAAGUGUGGUGGGCUAACCACCUACAUUAGAAUAAAUUACCUUGAGUAUAUGUUAAAAAUGUGGAUCUCAGGGCAUAUCCACAGACAAAUGAAUUACAAUAUCUAAGGGAGAGGCCCAGGAAUAUACAAUUAAGAAAGUAAAUCUACAAUUUAAGAUUCCAACAAAGAUUUUUUUACACUAAAUUGGCUAACCAAUGUAAAUCUUGACAAAGUUUAUCACGGAAACCUAUCUUGGACAGGCUAUUACUAAUUCUAUGGUCAUAUUAUCAGCACAUUUGAUCAGUCCAUCACUUAUUUCAACUACAAAUAACAUGGCUGAUGUUCACAGAAAUGUCCUAAUCUCUGAGAUAUAUCACUCCUUUUCUAAUCUCUUAAUACGUUAGUACUGCUUUUUAUACUUGUAAUACUUAUUAUAGAAAGUAUAGAGAAUGCAGAUAAUGUAAGAAAAAUAAAAAGGAUCUAUAACCCCACUUGCCAGAGUUAAAUGCUAACAGCAUGAGUACGUUUUCUUCUAGCAUUUUCUCUUCAGGCAUAGGUAUUUAAAACAUGUAUACAGUUUUUUAUCUUGCUUUUUGAUACUUCUAAAUAAAUAUUUUCCUACAUCUUCAAAGCAUUAUUGUUUAAAGAUAAUCUAUUUCACUGUGAUGAUACUGUAAUUCACUAGCAGUUUUAAACUGUGUCCAUUUUCAUUAUAUUCCUAAAAUAAACAUCAUUGUCUGCCUCUCCGAUUAUUUCCUAGAAAAGAUUUGAACAACAAAAUGCCUAAGUCAGAGAGUGUGAGUUCUACAGAACUUAAUCACUUCUAUAAUCAUGGUUGAAGCUGCUCAUCUCAUGAAACCCUUACUGGUGUGUGGAGUUCUAUUUUUCUAAAACAAAAACAAAA